AGGGGACAAGGGGCGGGGCUGAGAGAAGGAUGUGGGGAAGAGGUGGUGACAGGGAAGCAGCCCCGGUUUGGGGGCGGAUCCCGAGGGCCGGCUGCUCCCCGCCCCGUCUGCCGAUAGGUCCGGGCCGGGACACUCCCUCGCCCCGCCGCUGGUGAAGUUCCCGGGCGGCAGCGGACGGGGUGGCGUGUGGGUCUCGCUGCGGCUCCGUGGCAGUCGGUCUCCCCGCCCGGCCCCGCAGCUGCCGCCACCAUGACGGACCAGUCCCCGUUCGACACCAACGUCGUCACCCUGACCCGCUUCGUGAUGGAGGAGGGGAGGCGGGCCCAGGGCACCGGGGAGCUCACCCAGCUGCUCAACGCGCUCUGCACCGCCGUCAAGGCCAUCUCCACCGCCGUGCGCAAGGCGGGCAUCGCCCACCUCUAUGGAAUAGCUGGUUCCACCAAUGUGACAGGAGACCAAGUAAAGAAGCUGGAUGUCCUUUCCAAUGACCUGGUGAUUAACAUGCUCAAGUCAUCGUUCACUACAUGUGUUAUUGUGUCAGAAGAAAACAAAAAUGCUAUAAUAGUAGAUGCUGAAAAAAGGGGUAAAUAUAUAGUCUGCAUGGAUCCUCUUGAUGGCUCUUCUAACAUUGACUGCCUUGUUUCCAUUGGAACUAUCUUUGCCAUCUACAGAAAGGCUUCCUCUGAGAAACCUUCUGAGAAAGAUGCUUUACAGCCAGGACGUAAUCUUGUGGCAGCUGGUUAUGCCCUAUAUGGGAGUGCUACAAUGCUGGUGCUAGCCAUUGAAUCUGGUGUCAACUGUUUUAUGCUUGACCCGGCGAUUGGGGAAUUCAUUUUGGUUGAUAAGAAUGUGAAAAUCAAAAAGAGAGGAAAUAUCUACAGUCUCAAUGAGGGCUAUGCUGCAUAUUUUGAUCCUGCAGUCACAGAGUAUCUUAAAAAGAAGAAAUUCCCUCAGGAUGGCAGCUCUCCGUAUGGUGCGAGGUAUAUAGGUUCUAUGGUAGCUGAUGUACAUCGUACUCUGGUGUAUGGAGGAAUCUUUUUAUAUCCAGCCAACUCCAAAAGCCCCAAAGGAAAGCUGAGGCUUCUCUAUGAAUGUAACCCCAUGGCCUUUGUAAUUGAGAAGGCUGGGGGAAUUGCUACUACAGGAAACCAGGCAGUGCUGGAUAUAGUGCCUGAGGAUAUCCACCAGAGAGCACCUAUUGCCCUGGGAUCUCCUGAUGAUGUGCAGGAAUACAUUGACAUGGUCAAGAAGCAUUCAGCCAAGUGAAAUAGCUGCAGUACAAAGAAGUGCCUUACAAUUGGACCAAACAUACUGUGAAGUACUACUGACUUAAGCUAUUGUAGGAAAGCAAGAGAACCAUAUUUUCAUUGUGUUUUUAUCCAAAAGUAAACUGUUUAAUAUGUGCAACAAAAAUGCAUUUUACACACACACACACACACCCCCACCCCCCCCAAUCCCAUUUCCCUCCAGGGCUAAAGAAUACCACAGCUUUUCUGAAAGAUUUCUCCCUGCAGGUGGCUGGCUGCAGUUUCCUUGUAGGUUGACUUAUGGGGUCUUGUCAAUACUAGAAUCUUCAGUCCUGUUGCAACAUUUGUAAAUGCUAAUCUAGAUAUUCCACAAACACUUGUUCCAGGACACAGAUAUUGUUCCUAGAGGUAUCUUGAAAGCAUGGAUCAUGAUAGCUGGUGUAAAGCAAAGCGUGGUUUGUUAGUGAAGCCACGGAAAAGCUCUUUUGUGCCCCUCAAACAGCCAUAAGUCCACUAAGACUGUCCAGAACCACUACCCUGCUAAUUGGUGAGCUCGUAUGAGUGCUUCAGAAUCCUCACUGUCUGCCCAUCAGUCCCUGGAUAGAGUGUAGGGUGUGUUUAUAACCAAUAAAGCCCUCAACAGCCUGGGACCAUCCUACCUGAGAGAAGCGCCUCUUCCUGCUGACCACAGCAGUGGCACAGGGACACGAGAGUGACCCCCCCAAAAUAAGAGUGAGCAACUGGCAGGGCAUUCUGAGGGCUCACACUCUGGAACUUGCUCUCCCUACUCCCUUGGUCUGAAAUAGUCUGAAUUUGGUGACCUCCAGGUACAUGGCAAGAUGUGUUUGAUACUGUUUUUGGAAAAGACUAAUGGUAUACUUCCCAGCAUGAUUAAAGUGGAUGUGCAAACAGGUUUUCUGUAGGUGUCUGGCUGAGUUCCUGUUGAAAUAGCUCCUUAAUGCUGCUGAGACUUCAUUGCCUUAUUAAUGUUGGGGCUCUAGAGCCUUGGGUAAGCAUAUUGUUUGUUUUUAAAUCUAAACAGAGGCUGAGGACAUAGCUCCUACCAGCUCUCUCGAGGAUACAUGCAGCUUAGAAGUAUCUCCUUGGUUUUUAUAUUUAAAAUUCGCAUUAGAGUGGCUAGCCAAUCCAUGCACAUGAAACAACAGGUAGAAGGGGUACUGUACCUCUUAGUAUUUCCUUAGCUGUGUCUUAUGCUGAACUACAUCAGGAAUUCCUAGCUGGCCCAUAUCUAUUUUUAAAGACUACACCCUGGAAGAAGGUAAAGGUUAUAGAAUGAAGGACAGUACUGCCUAAUCAUAGCAGUUCAGUUUUUAGAUUAGGUAGUGGGGAUUUUCUCUUUGGGGGAGGAGGGGCACUACAGACUGUCAUUUUAACAAGUUAAUGUUCAACACUAAGGGGUAGAUGUUAGCUGUAAAAUAUACAGGGCUAGUAGGAAAGCUCACAUGUUCUUGACCACUUUUUAAAUUUGUUGUAACCAUUUACAGAAAAAUCUGCAAGAUACUUAUAAGUCCAUUGGCAGAGUUAGCCAUCCAUACUGAAUGGAAGUGAAAAGAUUACUCUCACCAGAGUGUAAAUCUUUAGCUGCAAUUGCCAUACUGGCUACUCUUCUGCUAAGACAUUGAAGAACUUUGGCAUUUGGUGAAAGGUCAUCAGCUCUGAUUACAGCCAAUAUAUGUAACUCAAACUACUAACAUUUAAAAUUUGGAGGGGAAAGGGGAGGAGAGGGUCCACGGAUGUCAUGUUUAAGAAGCAGCUGUAGCCCCCAUCCUAAUAGAAAUGUGAAUCAUUACCCCACUUCUUUUGUAGUGAUUGUCAGGCAAAACAAGAGACUAAUCCUGUCAAACUGGAUCUUGACAAGGCUUUAUGUAUAUUUUAAAUUAGUGUACUUUUCUAUAGCACCUCUAUCUUAAGGGCUGCUCAAGCAUUUUUAUGAACAUAAUUGCACACCUGAGUGGUUUUAUUCCCCUCCCCCAUAUUAAACAGUAUUGAUCAUUCACA